AUGUCUGUCCACGCGGAGCCUCCGCCAUCUAUCGUAUCGGAACCGCAUGGCAUCAAUUAUGCUACCUCCAAUCAACUGGGCAAGGGCGGCUUUGCCAUUUGCUUCAAAGCCGAACGUCUCGAGCGCGACCAACCCACUGGUCAUGUCGUUGCCCUGAAGAUUGUUAAGUCCAGGAUGGAGCCCGCAAAGCUAGCGCAAAAGUUCAUCACCGAAUUGCAAAUUCAUUCCAAGCUCUCCCACCCUAAUAUUGUAGGCUUCCACCGCGCAUUCUCCUUUGGCGAAAGCACCUACGUCGUCCUAGAACUGUGCUCCAGCGGCUCUCUUGCAGACAUGCUGAAGCGUCGCAAAAACAUCACUAUGCCCGAGAUCCGCCGCUUCAUCAUCCAAGUCUCUGGUGCUGUCAAAUACCUACAUGCGCGCAACAUUGUUCACCGCGAUCUCAAAACUGGAAACCUGUUUCUCGACGAGAAGAUGAACAUCAAGGUCGGUGACUUUGGCCUCGCCGCAUUACUUGUCAGUGGAAAGAUAUGGACGCAAAACGACGAACCACCAUAUUCUGGAAAGGGCAAGGGUCAUAGCGAAAAGGUUGACCUGUGGGCUAUUGGUAUCAUCGCAUACACUCUUGCCGUCGGAAAGGCUCCUUUCCAUGCAUCAUCCAAGGAGGAGAUUUACAAGAAACUCAAAGCAGGCGACUAUUCAUGGCCCGAAUUGUCUUCCAUCACAAACGAAAUUUCAGCAGACCUACGAGACUUGGUCUCGUCUCUAUUAGUCUCGGAAGAAUUGCGCCCUUCUCCGGAUCAGAUUGUUUCGCAUCCAUUCUUCAAGAUCGCCUUUGUUCCUAGACAAAUGAGCCGCGCUCAAGUCAGCAAAGUUCCCACAUGGCCUAACGUGCAACCACCGAGUCCAGAGGUGCUUCAAAGAGGUUACAGUGAAUCCUGGUGGUACGUCUGCAAGGAGUCUGGAGUUGGUGAGUAUGCACCAGGCAAGUGCUUCCAGCUCAAUGCAGGCAAGAAGAUACGCAGCAUUGUAAGGGACAUCGAGAGAGAGGUUGCAGCAGGUCGCCAGCCCGUAAUACCCAUUCCAUCAGACACGGUUUAUACUUCGCCGAAUUGCAACAGCAUCGACGCGUUCCAGCCCAGGAACGCACUGCCAGAAAUUGCCGAAGAGCGCGAACCCGACACGAGACAGCUCAAGGAGAUAUGCCAUAACGAGGUUCAGCCAACAUCCAGAGACAACAGCGCAGACGAGACUAAGAAGAAGAAGGAUGCCGAGCUGAUGCCUCCCCCACCUCGUGUCAGACGAGCAGGGCCGAUACGAAGAACGCGUACAGUGACAGAGGACAAGGAAGAAAGUGCUCCGGAGUCCACUCGCCAAUCUUCUCGACUGAACACACUCAGCCAAACUAACACUUUGAGUCAAACUGCCUUCAGCGGUACAAACUUCCUUCCAUCAUCUUCACAGCCUCAGAGUGGAGAGAUCAUUCCGGUGUCGAAGCGAAGCGUAGACGCCAGCCUGGCACGACGACCACGAAAGAAUCCCUCGGAUCGAGACAUUCCUGCUCUGGCAGAUGCUAUCCGCGACGAUCUGGAGAUUGCGCCGUCCAAGACGUUAGCCACUCGCAGCUCACGAUCGAGGUCGAAACAGCCGAGCCAAGAAGUAGUUGAGAUAUUUGAUGAACAGGAGAACCUUGGAAGACCAGCCCUCCCACCGCCCCCAGUCAUGACUGCAAAACUUCCAGUUCCAAGGAGGAAGGUCAUUGAGUCAACUUCGACCUUCCCAGGAUCGGACCCGGCAGCAGUAUUGGAGCGCCUGAAUGCAUUUCGAGACAAUCUAGCCUCGGCUUUGGAAAGGAAGCAUUUGAUGCCUUCCCGAAGAGUACCACAGCAACCAUCGAAACCGCUUCCCUUCGUGAGUCGAUGGGUAGAUUACAGCAAAAAGCAUGGUGUAGGAUACGUCCUGGACGAUGGCACAGUUGGGUGUGUCAUCAAUGGUUCUGCAGCAAGCGGAACACCCGUGACUCAUGUGGCAGUCAAGAAUGGAGAACGUUGGCUCGCACGCAUAGGAAAACGCUUCGAGCAUUUGGAACAUGUUCCAUUCAGGAUAUUCGAAGACCAUGGCGCUGCUGGACUCGAAAAGCUUGACCUCGCGAGCAGGGAUGACAAGACGAGGGAAAGAUUACGGAUGCUGCGCGUUCUUUGGGUCAAGUUUGGAAGAUACAUGAGCCAAACGCUCAAUGCGACUGAGACGGCGGACUGCGCGGACGACGAGAUGGAUAUGGACUCGGACUUGCUAUUUGUUCGGUUCUAUCAAAGAUCAGGCAAUGUCGGUAUCUGGGGAUUCUCGGACGGCUGUGUCCAGCUCCAUUUCCCGGAUCACACGAAAUUUGUCAUCUCCGCUGAUGGUUUGCAUAUUUCUGCAACACUUGUACCAGUCGAAGGCGUGCGCGCAAUCGAAGAGAAGCAUGACUUGCCAACUAAGCUGCUCAGAGAUCGACAAACUUUGGUGCAUUCAAUUCAUGCUCUGCUGUACGGUUCGCAGCAAGGGCGUGGGCGAAAGUUGUUCGCCGAGAUGGUUGAAGCCAACAUGGUCGAAGAAAAGAUGCAGUUGCUGCUUCAAAUACUAGACCAGUGGAUAUCAGGAGGCGGUCUUGGUCGCACAGGCGCCGAAGAGGAACGUCUGCAGUGGCAGGGUUCUUGGGUCAACGAGCACGCGCGCAAGAUUGACUGGGCCGUCACUAAACGAGCUGGAAGAAAGAAGGAUGCUACCGCCGCGCAACCUGGAGCCACCGGCGGAAAGCCUCAAGUCAAGAAGGCAGCCUUCGAGUCGACUAAGAAGAAGGAAGUUGGAGUCUCGGAUCUCACCCUUAUCAGCAAGAUUUCCAACGAGGCCAUCAACGACAAUCUGAAGAAGCGAUUCGAGAAUGGCGAGAUCUAUAACCAAUGCAUUAUUAUCUCAGGAGAGUCAGGAGCCGGAAAGACCGAGGCGGCUAAGCGUAUCAUGCAAUACAUCGCCAAUGUGUCUGGUGGUAGUAACUCGUCUAUUCAAGAGGUGAAGGACAUGGUAUUGGCCACAAAUCCUCUGCUCGAAUCUUUCGGAAACGCAAAAACGCUGCGCAACAACAACUCUUCGCGAUUCGGAAAGUACCUCGAAAUCCAAUUCAACGCGCAGGGCGAACCCGUUGGUGCCAACAUUACCAACUACCUACUGGAAAAGUCAAGAGUUGUGGGACAAAUCAUGAACGAGAGAAACUUCCACAUCUUCUACCAGUUCACAAAAGCAUGUUCGGAGAACUACAGACAGACUUUCGGCAUUCAGCAGCCUCAGUCUUAUGUCUACACCAGCGCGUCAAAGUGCUACGAUGUGCAGGGAAUUGAUGAUCAUGCUGAGUUCCAGGACACUUUGAACGCCAUGAAGGUUAUUGGUCUGUCGCAAGCCGAGCAGGAUGAUAUCUUCCGCAUGCUUGCUGCAAUCCUUUGGCUCGGAAACUGUACAUUUGGCGAAGAUGACCAAGGAAACGCCGCGAUCGCGGACCAGUCUGUGGUUGACUUUGUCGCCUACCUUUUGGAGGUCGACUCAGCUCACGUCAACAAAGCCUUGACUAUCAGAGUCAUGGAGACUAGCCGUGGUGGUCGAAGAGGAUCGGUUUACGACGUUCCACUUAACCCAGCGCAAGCGACCUCUGUUAGAGAUGCCCUGGCCAAGGCCAUCUACUACAACCUAUUUGACUGGAUUGUUCAAAGAGUCAACCAGUCUCUUCGUGCUAAAGGAGCUAUCGCUCAGUCAGUCGGUAUCCUCGAUAUCUACGGAUUUGAAAUCUUCGAGCGCAACAGUUUCGAGCAACUUUGCAUCAACUACGUCAAUGAGAAGCUGCAACAGAUCUUUAUCCAGUUGACGCUCAAGGCCGAGCAAGAAGAAUAUGAAAGAGAACAAAUCACCUGGACCCCGAUCAAAUACUUCGACAACAAAGUCGUAUGUGAAUUGAUCGAGGAGAAGAGGCCUCCUGGCGUCUUUGCAGCACUGAACGAUGCUUGUGCGACAGCCCAUGCUGACCCUGCAGCUGCAGAUGGCACUUUUGUGCAGAGACUGAAUGCAUUGUCCUCAAACCCUAACUUCCAGCCAAGACAAGGUCAGUUUGUCAUCAAGCAUUAUGCUGGUGAUGUCGCCUAUGCUGUUGAGGGCAUGACGGACAAGAACAAGGAUCAGCUACUGAAGGAUAUUCUCAACCUCUGCGGACAGAGUUCGAACAGAUUUGUCCACACUCUCUUCCCUGAACAGGUUGAUCAAGACAACAAGCGCCGACCACCUACUGCUGGUGAUCGAAUCAAGGCUUCCGCUAAUGAUCUGGUUUCUACACUGAUGAAAGCAUCGCCCUCCUACAUUCGCACAAUCAAGCCGAACGAGAACAAGUCACCAACCGAGUACAACGUUGGAAACGUUAUGCAUCAAAUCAAGUAUCUAGGUCUUCAGGAGAACGUCCGUAUUCGCCGUGCUGGUUUCGCGUACAGACAAACAUUCGACAAGUUUGUUGAGCGUUUCUACCUUCUCUCGCCAAAAACAAGUUAUGCUGGAGACUACACAUGGACUGGUGAUGCCAAGUCUGGUGUCAAGCAGAUUCUCAAAGACAGCAGUAUUCCCGUCGAAGAGUAUCAAAUGGGUGUCACCAAGGCGUUCAUUAAGACUCCAGAAACUCUCUUUGCGCUUGAGACCAUGCGUGAUAGGUAUUGGCACAACAUGGCCAUUAGAAUCCAGAGAGCUUGGCGUAAUUAUCUCCGCUACAGGAUAGAGUGUGCAACGCGCAUUCAACGCUUCUGGAGGCGCAAGACCGGCGGCAUGGAAUUCAUCCAGCUGCGUGACGAGGGUCACAAAGUUCUUGGAGGCCGCAAAGAGCGCAGACGCUACUCAUUGAUUGGUUACAGAAGAUUCAUGGGAGACUAUCUUGGCAUUGGAAACAAUGGUGGAAGUGGCGAGAUGAUCAGAAAGUCGAUCAGUUUGCCCAGCUCUGACCAGGUGCUAUUCUCUUGCCGUUGCGAAGUUCUCGUUUCCAAACUUGGACGAUCUAGCAAGCCAGAGCCGCGUUUCCUCAUCUUGACUAACAGGAGUGUGUACCUCGUGAAGCAAGCCAUUGUCAACAAGCAGCUGCAAAUUAUGGCCGAGCGCACAAUUGCUAUUGGUGCCAUCAAGUUUGUCAGCGCCUCCACCCUAAAGGAUGAUUGGUUUGCAAUUGGUGCUGGAUCUGCUCAGGAGCCCGACCCACUGGUGAACUGCAUCUUCAAGACUGAGUUCUUUACUAUGCUGAAGCAGGCUUCGCGUGGCACGGUCGAUAUCCGUAUCGCCGAGGCGAUCAGCUACAACAAGAAGCCUGGUAAGCUGGCAACUGUCAAGGUUGUCAAGGACCAGACCGUUGCUCGCGAUGACUUGUACAAGAGUGGUACUGUCCACACUGGACCUGGUGAAUCCCCUAACUCUGUAUCGAAACCAACACCAAAGGCCAAGUCGGUACCUGGCAAGCCAAUUACUAGUGGUAAGCUCCUGAGACCUGGAGGUCCUGGUGGCCAGCCAUCGAAAUUAGCUGCUCGUCCCGUACCUCAACCUCGACCUGUUCCACAAGCUCGACCUCUCCCGAGUGGAAACCAAGGGCCACCAGCAGGCCUACCUGCGGCUACAGUGUCAACUCCCGCGGCAGCCGCAGCCGCUGUACAGGCCGCCAUGCAGCAAAAACCAGUUCCCGCACCUGUCGCAGCACUCAAUGGCACCGGACAUGCGCGCACCGCAUCAGCUGGAUCGGCACGCGUUCCUCCACCGCCACCACCUCCUGCUGCGGCACCAAAAGAACCACAGUUUAGGGCAAUGUACGACUUUGCUGGACAGACAAGUGGUGAGCUAAGUCUCACCAAGGACGAGGUCAUUCUGGUGACUCAAAAGGAAAACAACGGCGCGUUCGGUGCCUCCAGCACCACCAAGGCCAACGGCGCUGUAGCUGGCAAGAAGAUGCCACCUCCUCCGCCAGCCAAGCGACCAGCAGGGCGCAAGCCAGCACCCCUGCCCCUGGAGGCAGCGGAAGUGGCACAGACAGCGGCAAUGAGACAGGACGACGAGGAUUGGUAG